GGGCAGUUACUCCGGAACCGUUGCCUUGACGACACGCAUAUCCACGCAUGCGCGUAUGCGCGAGAAGUGGGUGCACAUUGGGAGUCCUCAUCAUCGUUGUCGUCGUCGUUGCUUGAGAAAAGGGAGAGCGAGAAAAAAGAAAGAAAGAAAGAAAAAAAAAAGAAAGAAAGAAAGACAAAUAGACAGAUAGAUAGAUAGAUAGACAGACAGACAGAAAGACAGAGCACGCGAAUCAACACCACAGCGUCACUUUAACGUUUUUCUUAUCCUCCAAUAAGAAUUCCCAUUACAAGCAUCAGUAGCAGUUUCACUUUCUUUCUCUUUCUUUCUUUUUCUGUUUCUCUUGAAUCAUUCUUCUUUUCUCUUUUUUUUUCAUUCUCUCUUUAUCUCUUUCUCUCUCUUUCUUAUUAUUCUUCUCUCUCUCUCUCUCUCUCUCUCUCUCUCUCUCUGUUUCUUUCUCUCUCUCUUCUCAGCUAUGUUCCCGUGGCUAAGAUAGCGCACGUUGACAUCACUGAGGAACAUCAAAAAAGAUACUCUUCUUAUUUUGCUUUAUAUCCGGCCUAAUAGAGUUGAUUUUCUUUUCGGAUUAUGUACUCGAUCAACAAGUAAUCUAAUUUUUUUUUACACUUGUCCAUAUGGGACAGUUGUCCCUGGAAAUAAACAUUGUUCUAUUUCUAGUUUCCUCUCUUUUUUUUUCAUGUUUUGAAAGGUCUCUUCGGCAAGUUAGACGUAAAUAAAAGAAUGUAACGCCUAAGGAAUAAGAUUUAAAAGGGUAGAGAAAGAGAGAGUGAUAGUUACACGAGAGAAGAGUGUCAACAAGAGAAAGCCCUCAAGGAACCAAUACCUCUAUCUUUUCGAUCAUCAUUAUUACCACUACCACCACCAUCAUCAUCAUCAUCAUCAUCAUCAUCAUCAUCAUCAUCAUCAUUAUCAUCAUCAUCGUCAUCAUAGAAUAUCAUCAAAAGUACACCUUUGUUGAACGAUGAUCGCAACCUUGGAAGAACGUUGCUCGUAGUCGAGAUCUCUCUCUCUCUCUCUUUCUUUCUCUCUUUCUCUUUCUCUUUCUCUUUCUGUCUCGUGGGUAGCCCAGAGCAGCGCGCGUCGAGGUGGUCCGAGCGAGUCGAAGGAGAGAGGCGUGCCCCAGUGCCGUUCGAACGUCCGAUGUCUCCGCACGAGGACGCCGCGAAUACGAGGAGAGGAAGAGCCGAGAGUACGCGUGCCGUCGGCGAGCACGAGCAGGCAUCUUCUUCGUCAUCGUCAUCAGUUUUAUCGUCUUUCCCUUUGAAGACGUUCUUAAGGAGACGCUACCGGAAGACAUCAUCAUCGACUUGUUGGUCAACCUCAGAUGUCUUCUUUUCUUCGUAGCACCACCUGCCGCUCUGUGACUUCGUGUCGUUGCAUCGACAGCGGCAGGUCCACCUAUCGAUUCCCUUAUUUUCUCCCACUUCCCAUUCUUCUCCGAUUUUUUCUUAUCCCGCACGAAACAGACUCUCUUUUCCAUACGAAAGUUCAAAACGAACGUGUCGCUCGGUGGUACUGGCCCACCGCGAUCAUGUUCACCGAUAAGAAGAGAAGGAAAAUCGUUCGGUCCUCUUUACGGGAAAGUCUACUCUCUUCGCGGUAUUUUCAUCGAAUCGUUCGCGAGUGACAAACUGGUAAAAGUAAAUCAAAUACAAAACAAGAUAGGGAGAGAUAGAGAUAGAGAUAGAUAUAGAGAUAGAGAUAGAGAUAGAGAGAUAGAAAGAAAGAACGAGAGAGAGGGAGAGAGAGGAGAGAGAGAGCGAGAGAUCAAAGGUAGAAGAAUCAGAUCAAACCCAAAGACAACGGUUAAUCAUAUAUAAUAUACCGGUUGAAAGUUUUAAUCCAAAGUAUUAGAGUUCUCGGACUAUAAUAUAUGAUCAAUGGUGAUGAUCAAGGAGAAAUAAGUUAGUGUGAAAAAUAGAAGAAGAAGAAGAAGAAGAGAAAGAUCGAAGGUGACUAGGUGUUCCUCAGAUUGGAUGGUUCCACGGGGAUUAACCAUUGAGAGGUCGACUUGGGUGCAACCAGAGCCGGAACAGCAACGUUUCUACGACUCUCCGCCACCACGGAUGGACGUGAGCGUGUGCUGUUUACCCGCCAGUGCCGGCUCGGGGGCCCAGCACUCUCAUCCGGCGAGUUUGCCGUCCGGUGGACAGUCAACGAUCCAGGCACCUUAUCAGUAUGCCGAUCAGAUAGUACCGGAUCGGGGUCAACCCGACGGACUCGCGGUACUCGGCUGUACCGGACAGAAUAACUGGCAACAGAUCUCAAACUCGUCCACCGUCGCGGCUGGUGUCACUGCGACAACCACAGCGUACAUCGAUUAUUCCUGGCUGCAGAUGCAGCAGACAUCGGACCUGGAUACGUUUCUCUGCAGACAAGAUCUCGAUCGUUUGCAAAAGUUAGACGAAGAUGACGGGGAUAAGGAUACGAGAGAGUCUUCGGUACACAUGGAGGACUUCUUUGAAGUCGGUGGUCCAGUUUGCAGACCACAGGCUAGUUUCGUAUCUUCGAGGAGUCAACCAGGUGGAAACGACGACGACGUCUUUCUCAGGCCUCCUCUUUGGGAGGACAUCACGUCGAGCAUUCAAAAGCUUGACCCGGAGAACGCGGACAUGUUGGGCUCUCAAUCUCACAUUAAAAUGGAAUCCGACGACGUGACCUCUCCAGUUCUUUCACCGGUCGAAAUAAAGACGGAACCGUUGCCAGCGCCCCCGACUUUACACUUGCUCGAAGGGCCAGCGUCGAAUCAAGUACAGAGCUUUUCAAAUUCGGGACAGUCAAAUGUGUCAACGGGUGGACAACAACAGCUCGUUCAUCAUCGAACAACGACAACGACAACAACGGCGUCUUUUAAAGCUUUCCCACCGGGUAAUCCUGGAAAUGGAAAUAGUGUUGCCGGUAAUACAGGAAACGCCAAUACCAACUCUGUUGCGAACAACAAUAACGUUAAUAACAACAACGGGAAUAACAAUAACAAUAACAAUAACAACGGUAACAGCAACGACACCUCGACGAAUCAUCACGGAUCGUCUCAGGCGCUUCAGCAAGCUGGUAACGCAACGACCUCACCACUUUACGGCUCGAUGACCAGGUUGAUGUACAUCUCACCGUUAACACCUCCCAUCUCGGAUCCUGGCUCGCCCAUCGGUGGUGGCCCACCGCGACGGACACCGCCUCCGCCGUAUCCGCAACCCUCUAUUCUAAAUCCGCCCCAUCGGAUUCAACCGCCACCCAUCACAACCAAGUUUAACAGACGGAACAAUCCUGAGCUCGAAAAGCGACGUGUUCACCACUGUGAUUUCAUAGGUUGUACGAAAGUAUACACGAAGAGUUCGCACCUGAAGGCCCAUCAGCGAAUACAUACGGGGGAAAAACCGUACCAGUGUCAGUGGCCGGAAUGCGAAUGGCGAUUCGCGAGAAGCGACGAAUUAACGCGGCAUUAUCGGAAGCAUACUGGCGCGAAACCGUUCAAAUGCGCUGUCUGCGAGCGAUCGUUCGCGAGGAGCGACCAUCUCGCGUUGCACAUGAAGCGACAUCUACCGAAGCAGCAUACCAAGUGAACUACCUGCCAUGGUUACGUAGACGAACUCCUCGACGAAACGAAGAGAAUUGAAGAAGAAAAAGAAGAAAAUAUAUCGACGGUGCUUCCUCACUCGUCGAAAGAGAAGAAAAAUUCGACGACGCUACUUUAUAGAUCGUAGAAGCAACGAGUGAAAAGGAAAAACAGUCAUCGUCGAAUCGUUUCAAUCUUUUUUCUCAUCCUUAGAAUGGAUACUUUUCGAUCUCUCUUUUCGAUAUAUCGAACGAUACUUGUCGUAUCGAUAUUCGAACAAAUUCGUUACUAGAAAAAUAAAUUAUCUAUACCGGGAAAAAAAAAACAAGAACGAAUAAUUUAUAAAUGCUGACACGCAAAAUAAAUGUAUGUAUACCUGCUUUUUGAAAUCAGGUAACUUUUUUUCUCAUAUUGAUAAUGAACGAAGAUAUGCUCCGAAAAGAAAACGUUUACUCAAUUUUAAAGAGCGUCUGAUCGUUAUCGUUGUUGCAUCUGUAAGUCUAGUCUCUUGCGAAUCAUUCAGAAAGAUGAUCGAAAAACGUUGUUCUAGGAGACACGAAAGAGAGAGUACGUUCGAGUACUUACAUACCUACUCGCUUAGUAUCUCAACGAAACGAUUUAUUCCGAACGAUCGCAUGGUUAAGACGAUCACGAUCUUUACUCUCGAUGGAUUUUUUUUUCGUCGUUUCGAUUGCACCGCUUACGUAGAUAAAUUAAAGGUAAUUCGACAUCGACAGAAAUUAAAAGGAAAAUAGGAGAGAAAAAACAAGAUCGGUCGCCUUGCUUCGAGAGAAAUUCAAUUUUCAAAGGCUUGGUAUUAUAAAACUUUCGCGUUAAGAUUUCGAGAAUGCAUGAUCGCUUUGUUUUGUAUGUAUGUAUGUAUUACUACUACUACUACUACUAUUACUACUACUACAACGUUCGCAAGAGAGGCCGGACAAAAUAUUCAUUCUCGACACUUAGCUAAUCUAAAAGAUUCUCAUCGCGUGUAUAUACAUAUACACACACGUACACACAGAGACACAGACACACAGACACAACUCUACGUAUGUAUGCUCUUAUCCUCUCUUUCUCUGUCUCUCUCUCUCUCUCUUUCUCUGUCUCUCUGUCUCUCUCCCUCUCUCCCUCUCUCUCUCUCUCUCUCUCUCUCUCUCUCUCUCAUCGUAUUUAUUACAUUGUUAUACAUAGCAUGGUAUGUAAAAGAACGCUUCACCAAAAUAUGAUAUCUUUUAACAGAUAUCGAUAUUUUCCAUCGACAAUUGCGUGAGAUCGGGAACGUAAUAUUUUGCUCGGCUUUUGCUCGCUGUGGCUGGACCACAAAAAGAAAAGAAAAAAAAAAGAAAAAGGAAAGUUCCGAAUGAUUCGAAGAAUUUGAAUUUACUUGCCGCCAAAGAAGAAGAAAAAAAGAAAGAUGGUGGCUAACGGAGCUUGGCGAACAUUUUCUUCGAUUCUCGGGACGAAGCUAUCGAGAGAGUCCAACAACGUGUGGUUUACCUCGAUAUUUGUUCACCGGUUAAGGAGGUUAUGACGAAACGUAUGCCUUCGUGAUUGUACGCCGAUGGUGUGGGUGGUUGCGAGGAAAUAUUUCGUCACAGCGUUAUGUGUUCUCUCUCACAGAAAGAAAGAGAGAGAGAGAGAGAGAGAGAGAGAGAAAGAGAAAGAGAGAGAGAGCAAGAGAGAGAGAGAGAGAGGGACGAUGCAGAUAUUGCAGUACGUUCCUCUCCGUUCAAGCUUUAGCCGUAGAUAUCUCGUCUCGGAUAUCUUACUUUCCGAAUCGAAGUGUUUUACGAUCGUAAACUAGGUUAGGACAACGUGACCUAAGGUGCAAAGGGUUUCGAGAAGAGAAGCCAAAGCUUCCUUUCGCCGCGAUUAUUUGCCGACGUAAACAAUGAUUUCAACGUUAUUACGUGUGAAAUAAUCAAUGCGGAUUGUAGUCCAGAUAUUUUCCAAGCGUUUCACGUUCUAAUGUAUUACGAGUGCUAUGUUUGCGAAACGUUAUAAAAAUAAAGAAAAAAAUUUUAUAUAGCAUUUUAUUUUCACUGUAUUAUCUUCGCGAAUAUUAGUAGGAGUAAAAAAAGAAAUGGUCAAGCAAAUUCAAGAAUAAUUAAGCAAUUAGAAAAAUGUUGUAAACAUGAAACAAACAUCGUGUAUAUCCUUAUAACUAUUAAAAUCGGAAAUUGGCCUAGGCACGUUGGAACGACCAAAAGAUAAAAAAAGUCAUGCAUGUCGAUACGAAACGGCUGAUAUCCCGUGAUGCCUCAUGUACAAAUUCGUUUAGGAGGUUUUAACGAUUAUUAGAGAUUUAAGACGUCUUUUAAGGACGUAUCAAGUACGAGUAAUAAAUGGAGAGACUACCCUAUACACACGAACACAACACAACACACACGGACACGCACACACGUUCCGAAACGUAUCGGUAUAUAUCGUUUCGUAAUUCGUAUCUCUAUUAAAAUUAAAUCUACGCACUUGUGUAUGUAUACGUGUAUAAAAAGGAGCAAGAAGACAACAAAAAAAAAACAUUGCAAAUACCUAAUACCCACUGUAGUUAGUGUAAUAUUAUUUGUAUAGCGUCGCCUCGUAUUACAACGAGGAUACUAUUCCGUGUACUUUGAACCCUCCGUCAAGCCCUUUUCCUCUUCUUUAUUAAUCUAUCUCUAUAGAAUUUCUUCUAUUUUAGAACGCGAUAUCGCAAACUUCGUCUAAUAGCGAGCAGCGAGAACGUACAUUUGUGAUAACACGAAAGGACCUCGAAGAAUCGUUCGCAAAAAGAACACAAAUUUUAACGCUUUCACGUUAGAAACGACGAGGUAAAAUUUAUAUCGAUUUUCAACAUUUUUCGUAAUCGAUCCUAAACAAUCCUUUUUCUAACACAAUUUAUUUCAAGCGUAAUAAUCAACAAACUGUUUAAUAAAAUUAAUUCUACAUUCUAAUAUCCGUUGAACUAUUAGCUUUUCUUAAUACGAUACUAUAUCGCUCUCUGGUAAAUGUUAAAAAUUAAUUAAUCCACGGAUAUCUGUUGGUUAUUAUAAAAAUGUUCGAAAUUACGUCCCAGAAAAUAAUUAGAAAAAAUAAUGAAAUAAAUCGCACUAAGUCUGAUCUAUUAGAUUUUACGAUCAAUCUUAUUGGUCUUUUAUUCGUUUAUUCGAAAAUGCGUCGAUCGUUGUUGUCGCAUAAGUUGUAUCAUAAGUGUAUAUAUAGCGCGUAUUACUUCACACUACAUGUCUCAUAUGAACUAAUUAAAAGGUAAUCAAAAAUAAUCGAACAUAUACGCGCUUUAUAUCACACUAUGCGUAUUUGCGAUGGAACGUGAGAAAAAUAAAGAAAAAAAAUUAAAAUCGUCGCAAUCUAUGUAUUUAUAAUAUCUAUCUUUCUCUAUCGCAUUUCUCGUUAACCGCUCGUUAUUAUAAAGAAUCGUUAUCGAACAAAAUAUGUCUAACUUAAGCCUAUUUUACCUCAUCCAAUAUGGUAUCAACCUCUAGACCAUCUUUUAUUAUGUACUCCUCUCAUCAGGCAGACGAAUUUCACAGUCGGACUCGUUCGUCGUACCGAUCUAUUUUAAUUUUAAUAUACGAGAUAUACCUCAUGUUAUGUGAAAAGAAAAAAGAAAAUAAACGAGAGAGAAAGAGGGAGAGUGGGAGAGAGAGAGAGAGAGAAGAGUGGAAUCGAACAUUCGUGCACAUUUCCUAUUUGAUUUCCUACGGUUUGUCCAUAAUGUUUAUAAGAUGCUGUAAUUUGUGUGUCGUGUAAUUUAAAUAUACGAUGAUAUAUAUAUUAUA